UGGCCACCCUGUGAGGCGCUGAUCUCAUUCUUCUCCAGCGGAUUUCCCAUCCAUAAAGCGCUCGAGUACGUGGACCUAGUAAAACCAUUCCUGGUCAACGAUCUGGAGUCGCAGAAGGUAUUGAUGGAUAGGAGGUCUGUGUAUGCUUUGCUAGAGGCCAACGAUAUACCGACGCCUCGAUACGCUGUGCUGGAGCGGGAUGAGGACGGCAACUGUCUGCAGGAAUUAAAGAUUGAGGACGACUGCAUAUUCAUUGACAAUCUGAAGUUCGUUAAACCGUUUGUGGAAAAACCCAUCGAUGCCGACGAUCACAACAUUCGCAUAUACUUUCCUGUAGGCGCAGGUGGUGGUUCUCAGCAUCUCUUCAGGAAGAUUGGGAACAAGAGCUCGCAAUUUGUACCGGAUUGCAACGAAAUUAGGUCAAAUGGCAGCUAUAUCAUCGAAGAGUUCCAGGCAACUGAAGGAACGGACGUCAAAGUGUACACCGUUGGGGGCUUGUACGCACACGCCGAGGCCAGGAAGUCUCCUGCAGUAGACGGGAUGGUGCAACGAACCAAAGACGGCAAGGAGGUGCGAUUCCCAGUGUUACUGGACGCCCAGGAGAAGCUAAUCGCGCGGAAAGUGUCCAAAGCCUUCAAGCAGAUGGUUUGUGGCUUCGACUUCCUGCGUACAAACGGAGAGUCCAUGGUGUGCGAUGUCAAUGGCUGGAGCUUCGUCAAGGGCAAUGCAAAAUACUUUGAGGACACCGCUUUGAUCUUAAGGGACACCAUACUGCGAGAUGUGUGCCCAGACAAGUUGCAAGUGCCACUGAUUGACAUCCGCGAUGUCCCCGCGUCACAGGUGGAAGAGGAAGGCAUUAUGAGCGAAGACGGAGCAGAGCACCUGGAAUUAAGGUGUGUGCUCGGCGUCUUCCGACACAGCGACCGCACCCCGAAGCAGAAAAUGAAGAUGCUGGUUACGAACCAGCAGUUCCUGUCCUUUUUCAAUGGCGAGCAAGGGCAACCGACUGAGCUGAAGAUUAAGAAACCCACCGAUCUGCAAAAACUGCUGGAUCUCACUCGCCAGCUACUGUCUAUGGGAGAAGGCUAUGAUAGUGACAUCGAGGAAAGGCUGGACAAGCUCAUGCAAAUGCGCUAUGUACUGGAGAAGGGCGGCCACUUCAGUGGGAUCAACCGGAAGGUGCAGAUAAAGGCUCUCAAGCACAGGCGCACGGGGCAUCGAUCUCC